AUGCCUCUUCAUCUCCUGGGCAAAAAAUCAUGGAACGUCUACAACCCCGAAAACAUCGCCCGCGUCCAGCGCGACGAGGCACAGGCCAAAGCCCGCGAGGAGGAGGAUGAACGUCGCAUGCAAGAGAUUGAUGCCGAACGCAGGAUUCAGAUUCUCCGCGGAGAACGCCCGCCGAUUCCUCCACCGCCACCGCUUCCUCAGUCAACCGAGACGGCUCUGCGACGGGAACGAACUAAUGCAGACGGUAUUGGGGCUAUUCGAAAAAGACGGCGUCUGGCCGGGGAGGAUGAUACCGAUCGUGAUAUUCGGAUCGCGCAGGAGGAUGCGGCACAGACUUAUUUUAGUCGCGAGAAGUCCGCUCUAACGACUCGCCGGGGCAGCGGCGAGAUGCAAGCACCUCUUAUGGACAGCGCCGGCCACAUCAACUUGUUUCCAGCCACCAGCGCCAAUCGCAAGGUGGAGAAGAAUGUGGAGGCUGAAGCAGAAACAGCAAGACAGGAGCGCAGCUACGAGGAUCAAUAUACAAUGCGGUUUUCAAAUGCUGCAGGAUUCAAGCAAAGCGCGGGCCGGAACCCAUGGUAUUCAUCCGCAGCCCAGGAUGCUAGUGCCUCGGAUUCUAUGCCCCAGAAAGAUGUGUGGGGUAAUGAGGAUCCAAUGCGAAAGGAAAGGGAAAGGACUCGUCUUGAUAUGAACGAUCCUCUCGCGGCCAUGAAGCGUGGGGUUCGGCAGUUGAAAGCCACUGAGCAGCAGCGGAAACAGUGGAAUGAAGAGAAGCAAAAGGAGCUCGAAGUACUGGCUACAGAGGAGAGGCACUCGAGAUCGAGCUAUCGACGCAGACGGUCGCCACCGGUGGGCAGGGUCACGAUCGAAGGAGCUCCCGACAUCAUCGACACCGGGAUCGAAGUCGAAGCCGCGAUCGUUCAAUUCGACGGACCUCUCACAAAACCUCGCAUCGCCAUCGUCAUCACAGGGAAUCUCACAGUGACACUCGGCGAUCAUCUAAGUCUUGAAGCUAACCCUGAAACAAUAAAACAAUAA